GCAGCAUUUGCCCGUCUUCGAGAGAAAACUGAUUUGAAACUUCCACCUGCCAAUUGGUUACGUGAAAGCGCCAAACUGGGGCCAGCAGGAACAACCAUUCUUGGAAACAGCAAGAAGAGCAAACUAUUUUCAAGCUUUGGCAUGGCAUAUGACUUCAUCGACUCAGUUGGAAAUGAUGUGGAUGUUGUGUCCGAUUCUGAGAACAUUAAAAAACUUCUGAAGAUACCAUACAGCAAGUCACAUGUGAGCAUGGCAGUACACCGUAUUGGACGAACCCUUUUACUGGAUGAGCUAGAUAUUCAGGAGCUCUUCAUGAGAUCAUCUCAGACAGGGGACUGGACGUGGCUAAAAGAGUUCUAUCAAAGACUAAUAGAUCAGAAGUGGCAAAGAAAGAAGAAGAGUAAAGAACACUGGUACCAGAAGGCCAUACUUUCCAAGUUUUUAUAUUACAGCAUUAAUGGUGAUGGAGCUGCUCAGCCAGUUCCUUCCUCUGCAGAACAACAUCCUGAAGAUCCAGCUCCUGAUGAGAGUGAUGAAGCAGGAAGGGCUUCCUGGCCAGCCCCUUUUGAAAUGCCUUCUUCAGUAUCUGAAGAUCCAGGUUCUUCUAAUCAGGGAAGUGUGCCUCUUGAAUCCUCAUAUGUAGUGGGGCAUGUGGCCUCAGCCCCCAAAGAACAAAACCUGAGUACUUUGUUCAAUGACGGGGAAAACAGUCAGGGACUUAAAAAUGACUUUGUUCGGAACAUCUUGUGGACCUUUGAAGAUAUUCACAUGUUAGUAGGAUCAAAUAUGCCUAUAUUUGGAGGUGGAAGAUACCCUGCUGUGAGCUUGCGUCUCAGGGAUAACAACAAGCCAAUAAACGUGUUGACAGGAAUUGACUAUUGGUUGGACAACUUAAUAUGUAACGUCCCAGAGCUUGUGAUGUGUUUUCAUGUUAAUGGCAUUGUUCAGAAAUAUGAAAUGAUCAAGACUGAAGAUAUUCCCAAUUUGGAAAACUCCAAUUUUUCUACCAAAGUGAUAAAGGAUAUUGCUCAAAAUAUCUUAUCUUUUCUGAAAUCUAACUGCACCAAAGAAGGACAUACUUACUGGCUAUUUAAAGCAAGUGGAAGCGAUAUAGUAAAGCUCUAUGACCUCACCACUCUUUGUGAAGAAACCGAAGAUAAAUACCAAAACCCUUUCACAAUGCCAGUGGCAAUUCUCUUGUACAAAGUUGCCUGCAAUAUGAUGAUGAAAAAAAACCAGAACAAGAAACACUAUGGCACCAUUAGAACAUUGCUCCUUAAUUGUGUUAAGUUAUUGGAUAAAGCCAGACAUCCACAAAUUAUUGCUUCAGCGAAUUACAUGCUCUCAGAACUCUUCCAGUUAGAUGAGCCUAAAAAAGAAGGUGCAGAGUUUCCUUUAAAUGGGAACUCUGAUGAAAGUUAUAGUGAAGAGGAAGAAGAAAUGCCGGAUAGCGAUGAAAAUGGUUCCUACAGCACCAGCUCCGAUCCGCCAGAUGACAAUAAAGCAGUAGCUGUAAUCAGAUCUGUUGGAGAGUUAUCAGUACCAGAAAAAUAUAAAUCUAUUCACCAAAUACGACCUAGUUGUGCAUUUCCUGUUUGCCAUGACACUGAGGAACGGUGUAGACUUGUGCUCAGCUAUGUUCUAGAGGGCUUGAAAUCUGUUGACAGCAGCAUUAAAAAAGACGGUGACCUUCCUGCAGCCGACCCCAACACCCCAAUCCCAUUAAAAUACGAAGAUGAAUCCACAAGUGGUGGUCCUGAGUGUCUGGAAAAACAGAUGGCUUUGUUUUUAGACAAAAUGGGCUCAUUUCAAAAGGAUAAACAUUCCAGUCAAUCAGGAAUGAUUCCUGGAUCCUGGCAGUAUAAAAUGAAACUCCAGCUGAUUCUGAAGUCAUCGAAGGCUUAUUAUGUUCUUUCUGAUGCUGCUAUGAGUCUUCAGAAAUAUGGAAGAGCAUUACGAUACAUUAAAUUAGCUUUACAGUGCCAUGAUACUUACUGCUGCCUCUGCACCAAUAUGCCUGCUGAAGUGCUACUGUUUCUUUGUCAAUGUUUAACCCUUUGUGGUGAUAUCCAGCUAAUGCUUGCCCAGAAUGCAAAUAACAGAGCUGCGUAUCUUGAAGAAUAUAAUUACCAAACAAAAGAAGAUCAUGAAAUAUUGCACAGUCUUCAUAGAGAAUCCAGCUGUCAAGUAUUUGCGUGGGCCACUGACUUGUCUACAGACUUGGAAUGCCAGCUUUCAGUUAGCUGCAAAUGCUAUGAGGCAGCUAAUGAAAUCUUGCUUUUUAGUAACUUAAAAAAACAAAAUCCAGAGCAGCAUACACAAGUCCUGAAGAGGAUGGGUAACAUCAGAAAUGAAAUUGGAGUAUUUUACAUGAACCAGGCUGCUGCAGUGCAGACUGAGAGAGUGGUGAGCAAAAGUGUAUCUACAGCAGAGCAGCAACUGUGGAAGAAAAGCUUCUCUUGCUUUGAAGAAGGGAUUCAUAACUUUGAGUCAAUUGAUGAUGCGACCAAUUCUGCUCUUCUUUUAUGUAACACUGGAAGAUUGAUGCGAAUUUGUGCUCAAGCACAUUGUGCUGCCGGAGGAGAUUUUAAGCGAGAAUUUUCCCCAGAAGAGGCCCUUUACUAUAAUAAGGCUAUCGAUUACUAUCUGAGGGCUUUAAGAUCACUGGGCAAAAGAGAGAUGCAUCCAGCUGUUUGGGAUUCUGUGAACUGGGAACUGUCCACUACCUAUUUUACUAUGGCAACUCUGCAGCAGGAUUAUGCACCAUUAUCUAGAAAGGCUCAGGAACAGAUAGAGAAGGAAGUUAGUGAGGCCAUGAUGAAAUCUUUGAAAUACUGUGAUGUUGAUACAGAGUCUGCACGACAACCCCUCUGCCAGUAUCGGGCUGCAACUAUUCACCACAGACUGGCUUCCAUGUAUCAUAGUUGCUUGAGAAACCAGGUUGGCGAUGAGCAUCUAAGGAAACAGCAUCGAGUACUAGCUGAACUUCAUUACAGUAAAGCAGUGAAGCUUUUUCAAUUCUUAAAGGAUGCACCCUGUGAGCUCCUUCGUGUGCAGUUGGAAAGAGUAGCAUUUGCAGAGUUUCAGAUGGCAAGUCAAAACAGUAGUGCUGGAAAAUUAAAGACUCUGUCUGGGGCUCUAGACAUAUUGAUAAAGACCCAGUGUGCAUUCCAGCUGAUCAGAAAGGAGCUUUUAGCUGAAUGUGAACAGAUAAAUGAGGACGUGAAAAGUAGUGAUGAGAAGACACCACCUGGUGACUCCUCUUCUAACCUUAAUAAAGAUGAAGUAAUAAAACUCCUCAGUAUAUUUGAAUCUCGAUUGUCAUUCCUCCUCCUCCAAUCAAUUAAAUUGCUAACGUCAACAAAAAAGAAAAUUGGGUGGAUGUGCUUUCCUUUGACAUGGGUGGGUCUACCUUACGUUUCCACCUAUGACAGAACAUUGCUAACAGACACUGGGAGACCCAUUGCAAAGUACGGAAUUUUGCGGAUGAUGAUGUAGUUUGAAGUAUGACAUUUACGGUAUGCUGAAGUCCCCACUACAGCUAAAAAAUAUGAAGAGUGAUGUUUUUAUGUGCAAAUUUGGGGCUAAUGCUUAGCAAGGUUGAACUGUAUAUUUUCUAAAAUAAGUAUUGGAGUGGCAGCCAAAGGAUUAUCUGUUUUUGUGUAAGCAUUUCCUUAUGUUCUCAAACAGUAUCUAACCGCUAGGAUUUAAAUCAAAACAAAAACAUGGCCUCUUUCUUUUCUUUUUCUUUUUGAGUUGACCUUAAAGUGCUCUCUAGAACAGAGUUGUGGCUGUGUAAUGAUUGCCGACACCAGGAUCACUCCUCUUGGAUGUAAUUAUAUUUAAUCUAGCCUAGGGAGAGCCAGAAAAUACAUUCUAUCCCAUCAGCUGCAAAUAUGUGGUGACCUCAUCAGCUGAGACUGUGUAGACACUAUGGCAGCUUGUAGAGCAUCAGAAAUAGCAUAAAUAAUAGCAAAAAAUCACCUUUUUGGAGUCAUGUUUACAAAACCUGUUCUACCAGCUUGUUCCAGUCUUGUGUACAUUGACAGUUUUUUUUCUUUAUUGUUGAAUGCUGUAUUAGCUGCACAGUUGGCAUUAAGAUCGAAGUACUGUAUUUUCACAUUAGAAUACAGUCGUUGGCCAGGGUUUAAGCAGCUGUUAUGUUGGAUGCUGUGUGGCUAAAUGCAAUUUAGGGAAGUAUCCAUCCUCCUGUAUACAAGGACCAUAAAGCAGAGCGGGGAGAGAUGUAUAUAUGGAAGGACAAAAGACUAGAAAAGAGACUGACUUUUUCUAUGUAGCAGCAGUAAGGUGCCUUUUAAUUUUUAAAAAAGCUUCCACAGGGUGGCAGUGUAAAUAUACACAAUGCCAAGGACCAGAGUAUAACUAUAAUCCGUCUUUUUAAACAAAUUGAUGUGCAGGGUAAUUGACUAACACGAGUAAUUGUGUUGGUUCUGUGCUAUCAUACUUCAUAGCCUUGAAGAGGGUGUGAUGUCAGAGUAGAAUAUUUAGGGUUUCUUUUCCCAUCUACUGUUCUAAUCACUAAUAUUCUGUUUAAAUUGAUAGGCUGUAUACAUGGUACAUACAUUUCAAUUUAAUUAUGUUCUAGUGUUUAAUUUUUCAAGGUCUGCAAAAUAAAAGCAGAAUGCUAUUGCCAUACAAACUUAAUUCAGCUAAUGUGUGUCAUUCAAAAACUGUAGAAGUGCUUUGAGGGUAAGUCAAAUUCUCUUUUCUCUCUAACCCUUUUACAUGAACUGGGCAUACAAUAUUUGCACAUUACAUUUUCUGUCUAUAGGGUGAGGGGGGAAUGCCUACCCUCCCCCCAUGCCUCCACACCAAUGGUUAGCUUGGUCAGAUUGGAAAUUGAGUAAUUGCUCUUGCUGAUCCAUGGUUAUUGAUGCACUCAUUCAAGGGGAAUGCAGAAGGGAAUUUUUUACCUCAUCUUUGAAACUGUGGUGCUCAAGCCACAAAAGUUACAAUCUGGCUAUAACCCUGCAUAAAGCAAGAUGUCUUUAAAAAUUAAGUGCUUAAGCAGAACUGAAUUUGGCUGUGUAAAAUUGUGAGCAGGGGAAAAGUAAUUCAAAGUGAUGUUUCAUCCUGGGCAUUUUUAUAAUUUAUCCUGAAAAUAGCUUGCAUUUCAGUGGUUUUUUUUUUUUUAUUGAAUACCUGUUCUCUGUGUUAAAUAAACCUGACACUGCUUUGUGCCAAAUGUUAUGAACUAAUUGCUGCUUUAUUUCUUGGCAAUUCUUGAUGGAUUUACAAUUAAACCAACUAGUCACAUAUAUUAAAAAAAAAAAUUACCUUGUUUUUUCUAAAAUUUUAAAAACUGGCUUUUAGAGUUUUAUUUCCUAACAUGGCAUAAAUGUACUGGAGAAGGGGAAGCCAGUUUAGGGAUUCAGAGAGAAAGGUAAUACAGUUGAAGCGAUGAGCCAGCAAAAUUAUCUUAGCAUCCGUGUUUUGAAUGGAUAAGUGGGGCAAGAUGGCAUUUGUCAAGGCCAGAAAGGAGAAGGCUGCUGUAGCCAAGACACAAGAUGAUGAGGGACUGGAUAACAUAUUUAGCUGUGUAUGGAGAGGAAAGGCAAGAUCCUAAAGAUAUUAUGUAAUAGAAAGCGCUGGGUCAAAGAUGAUGCCCAGAUUACAGGCCUGAGUGACAGGGAGAAUGAUGGUGGUGGCCAUGGUGGCAGAGAAAGCAGAAGGGCUUGUGUAGGAAAAGAUUAAGAGUUUUGGGUUGGCCCCACUGAGUUUAAACUGGUGGCUCAAUGGUCAUGAAGAGCUGUCAGAAAGGCAGGCUGAGAUUUCUGUUUGGAGACAGGUAGCAUGGAGUAAUAGAGAUGGCACUUGAAGUCAUGUUUGUGCAUAUGCUGCCCAGAGACCAUAAAGGAAGAUGACAAGGUGAGGAUCAGAGGCCCAUAGGACUUUUUCUGAAAGCUGGAAUAGGGAUGAGGUGGAUACUCUGAAUGAAACACUGAAGGAGUGAUUAGAGAGGUAGUGGGAGAACCAGGAGUCAUGGAAUCCCAGGGAGAACAAGAUUUUGAUGGUGUGGGUAGUCAGUUUUAAUAAAUUAAUAAUUUGCACAAUGUAAUUGUUUAUGCUUUGAUACAAUGUAAUAGUUCAGGAUAUCUAUGGUUCCUU